AUGUCUUCUCACACCGUCCUUCGCCACACCACUCGCGAUUCUUGGAACAACAUCCAAACAUAUGUCGAGCCUCGUCCCACUGUCGGAAAACAUGAACUCCUCAUCAAAGUCCGCAGUGUUGCUCUCAACUACAGAGACAUUGCUAUCGCCACUAGCAAGUACCCAUUUCCCGUGAAGGACAAUGUGGUUCCGGGAUCCGAUGCCUCGGGUGAUGUCGUCGAAGUUGGUGAAGGCGUCACCGGAUUUCUGCAAGGGGACAAAGUUAUCGCUGCUUUCGAUCCAGCCACUCUAUAUGGGCCUUUAAAGACCUGGCAGACCGGUCUAGGCGGCCCUACCGAUGGAGUUCUGAGGGAGUACAUCACGAUUCCCGCCCAAAGUGUGGUGAAAAUUCCCGAGUCAUCCACCCUUAGCUAUGCCCAGUGGGCUAGUGUUGUCUGUACUGGUGUGACCGCUUGGAACUGUCUCUAUGGAAACAUGCCAUUGAAGCCCGGUCAGACCGUUCUUUUUCAGGGCACGGGAGGAGUUUCUAUUACCGGCCUGGUGUUGGCUAAGGCGGCGGGUGCAAUCACUAUCAUCACAUCCUCUUCCGAUGAGAAGCUAGCCUACGUGAAGGAGAAGUACGGAGUCGAUCACGUUAUCAACUACAAAAAGACCCCUGACUGGGCAGCUGAGGCUCAGAAAAUCACCGGUGGCCAGGGUGUCGAUUUCAUUCUCGAGAACGGUGGUUCUGGAACCAUGAAACAAUCUAUGGAAGCAAUCGCAUACGGUGGAAUUAUUUCUAGCAUCGGAUUCUUAUCUCUUGCCUCUCAAGACGAGAUGCCUGACGUCGCUCUUCUUGCCUUGGGCAAGGGAGCAGUUGUUCGUGGCAUCAUGGUCGGCUCCAAGGAGAUGCUAGAAAACGCUGUUCGCUUUAUUGGCAACCAGAACCUACAGAUCCCAGUCGAGAAGGUUUUCAAGUUUGGUCGUGAUGAGGUUAUCAAGGCUCUUGACUUUAUGACAGGCGGACAGCACAUUGGAAAGGUCUGCAUCGACUUUUGA